UUCCCACGAGAUCCCCUUUCUUGAGCCUGGACUCAGUCUUUUUUCAGGGUUCCGGGGGCCAGCCGGCAUCUCCAGGAUGGUGUUGCUAAAGUUUCUCUGGAUGGCUUUCUUCUACCACCUGUGUCAGGGCUACUUCGACGGUCCCCUGUACCCAGAGAUGUCCAAUGGCACUCUACACCACUACUUCGUGCCCGACGGGGACUAUGAGGAGAAUGACGAUCCAGAGAAAUGUCAGCUGCUGUUCAGGGUGAGUGACCGGCGGCGCUGCUCCCAGGGGGAGGACAGCCAGGCCAGCAGUCUGUUGAGCCUCACCCUGCGGGAGGAGUUCACGGUCCUGGGCCGCCAGGUGGAGGAUGCCGGGCGCGUCCUGGAGGGCAUCAGUAAGAGCAUCUCCUACGACCUGGACGGGGAGGAGAGCUAUGGCAAAUACCUGCGGCGGGAGUCGCACCAGAUAGGGGAUGCCUACUCCAACUCGGACAAGUCCCUCACCGAGCUGGAAAGCAAGUUCAAGCAGGGCCAGGAACAGGACAGCCGGCAGGACAGCCGACUCAACGAAGACUUCUUGGGGAUGCUAGUCCAUACCAGGUCUCUGUUGAAGGAAACGCUCGACAUCUCUGUGGGCCUGAGGGACAAAUAUGAGCUAUUGGCCCUCACCAUCAGGAGUCAUGGGACCCGGCUCGGAAGACUGAAGAAUGAUUAUCUGAAAGUUUAGGUGCAAAGGCAGAGACCAUCCCAAC